AUGUUCAGUGCCAAGAAUAUACAGGCCAGAAAGGCCUUCGGCCUUCGGCCUCGUUCCUCUACGUCAAUUGCUGGCCGUCAAACCGGUCGUCUUUCCCUGCAGCAAUACGCACAUCGAUCUAACCAAAUCUCCCACCCAAGCCCAUCUAGCCAACGAAGCAGCAGCGAACAGCUUUUUAGACCUCCUGCUAAUCUUAAUUACCUCUUUGACGCUGACAGCAACGAAAAUGACUCUAAUGGUAGCGCUAGCUCUGAAGAAGACGAAGACGACGAUGAUGCUGAAGGCCAGGAUACAAAAGAACCCCCUGAAAUUGUGGACUUGACCGGGAAUAGCCUGGAAACUGCUACUCCUUUAGAAAUUAACGAUCUAAGCUCCAUUAAAAGCACGAAUCCACUGAAUCUAGAGCCAACAAAGGUGGGACGGCUGUCCCAAUCAUCUCAACGUUCUACCAGCUCUAACCAAACACGUAUGAGCGAUGAUGAAGCUGAAUCGUGGUUACAGCUACGCCUUGCCGAAGAAGCAGCUAAAAAGAAGCGGACAAUAUUCGCACCCCUUCCACCGCCUAGUUCUCAACAACCACCACACCCACCAUCUCCAACCCCUAUCAGACCUACGGAUGCGGCAUGGAGAUCCCAAAGCCUUCGCCGCAAGCCAGUCGUAUGGGCGCCUCAAAGCUUUUUACCUGUGGACCGAAAGCAUGCAGCCUAUCUGGAGAGACUAGAUGCUAUAGAAGCAGCUUUCAAAAGGCUUGAACAAAUUGGCCUGAUGAAUGAACGGUCUAGUAUUGAGAAGAUGGAGUUUGAGAACGUUAAGGCGAAAUUUGAUGCAAAGAUACCCCUGACUAGCAUAGAGAAGAGAAGGCUGCAAGAUAUCCAGCGGAAUAUCGAGCGCAGGGAGUAUAGCUGGUCUGUUAAUAAAAUGGCUCUGGAAAGGAAUGUUGUGAAGAAGAGGGAUAAUUCGGCUAUUAAUACAUCGGCAGAAGCCAAUGUUAGUGAGGCGAGCAUAUCUCCCAGGAACCCCGAUGAACCCAAAGCGUCAUCAUCAAGGAGAAAACGUCCAACUAGCCAUGCAGCUAAGCAACCAGAACCGAUACAGGAAGAUGACCAACCUGGUAUGGAAGUCGAAACAACAGAUGGCGAAGAAGACGAUGAGGAUCCCGAUGAGGCUCAGGAGGAUGACGCACCGGAACCCGUCUGGAUCUACCAUGUUUUCCGCACUGAAAUCGACGCAGCAAAUCCAAACCCAACGCCCGUCUAUAUAUCGUCACAUCUGAGCAGACUUCGUGCAGAGAGCAAGAUGCGAGACCAAAUAUCAACCAGCUACGGCAAUUUGAAGGAACGCACCCGCAUGGAAUUCCGCGUAACGUUCGAAGAAGACUUUACUGAACAAGUAGUCGAGUUUGCAUCUGGUCGCACGGUAAUAGUGCGAGUUGAACGUGAAAUCCACGAAGAACCAGUAAAACGCAAGAAAAGGAUUAAACUGCAGCUCAUACCUACCAAAAUAUACACCAUAAUUGAGCAAAUCAGCGCCACCCCCGUUGGCGAUACCACCAGUGAGCACACUGCCCCAGCUGGGGCACAGAGCACAAAAUAUACUGAGAUGCCUGAAUGUUUUAUACUCCGCAAAGACGCCAACGCCCAGGCCAAUCGGCUCAUGCUCGCUCAUCUUACCGGCCAUCUAGAUGAGGCUGAACGGUUCAACUUGGACGUGACGGGAGACAUUGACAUGCAGGCUAGGCUGUACCUGCAUGAACUAGACGAGGGGGAGAGGCUAUACGAUAAGAAACAUGUCCUUCCUGAGGUGGAAGAUGGGAUGAGAAAGGAGGUAUCUAUCCGUGUCUUGGAACAUCUUGUUCGAGGACCGAGGAACUAG